CCGAAAUUGUUUUUUCUUUCUUUCUCUCGUUCAUUCACGUUUUCUGCUCAAAUCCAUCUACUCGAUUCGUCAUCUUUUAUGUGUUUAAUCAAAAAUUGUUCACUGAAUCAUCAUCGAUGUCUUUCUGAUCCACCACUGAGCGAUCAGGCAAUUAAGUCCAUGGCUCAUGGAGCAGAUGGUGUAGGUGUUGUAGAAUCAACUGUCAAGGGGGAGAAGAUUAUCGUGUUGAAACAAACAAUUCGUGAUGUUCUUAGGUUUGGAGAUCGGCCUGAAUUCCCUAUUGAGAUAUCUGCUACUCAGAUUAGGGAAGUUCUUGAACGAAUGGGCUAUGAAGGAACCUUUCCUAUAACCUUGAAGAAGUUGCUCCCUCCCUACUGGCGCUUUAUUGCUCACAAGUUUGUAAUCUGUAUUUCAGGUGGGAAGGGGGGAGCUGAUGAGAUCUCCCAAUCAUCUACCGGUUCCAUAAUUUCUCUCAUCAUGUAUUUGAACUUCAACUUUUCAAGGUUUGUGUUGAAUGAAAUGACGAGCAAUCUACAAUGGAAAAAGAAGGUUGUAUUCAUGAUGUAUCCAAGAUUUCUACAAAUGAUCUUUGAUGAUAAAUAUCCUGAUUUGGAAAGAAUAGGUGAAUUUUUGGAUUUGAAGUCUUUGGGCCCAAACUCUUUUGGAUUAAUGAAGCAAAAUCGCAAGGGCUCAAAGGUUGUUCCUGCUGUCAACCCUCCUGUGGCUAUUGUGGCAGAGAAGCAUAUGCCCUUUCUUGAUGUUGAUGUUGAUGAUGAUGAUAAAGGAGAAGAUAAUGAUGAAGAGGGUGAUGCAUCAUGUUUUAAUGAUGAGGAUUUCAUGUUUAAAUUUGAGCCCAAUGAUGAUAACAUUCAUUCAUUCUUUGAUUUUGAUGAAGUUAAUGAUGUUAGUCUCAAAGCCUCCCAGCCGCCACUGAAACGAAAGCAAGUUGAUCCUAGGCCGAGAGUGCUUAUUAGGGAACAAACUCAACCUACUCAACAACCAACCCUAACCAAUGAACCAUCCCAACGAGCUCGUGUCGAAAGCAAAAUUUUGCAUGAGGGGCAUAGUUUUGUUCAUACAUCUUUUGAAGUAGGAAGCUCUUCAGCUCCUGAAGGUUCUUCAGCCCCUCAACCUGCGCACGACGCAACUUAUGAAAGGCUUGCCUAG